AAGAUAAUCGGCUCAGACUUAAGAUUGAAUCAGAAAUCAAAUCAGUUGAGUGCUUUCUGCAUUGCUUAGCGAACGUUCCGCUACUUUAUUAAAUUAAGAAUAUGAUAUUACUAAAUUGCAUAGUAAUAUGCCUGUGCAUACUUUCGUGUGGAGCGCAGGACUCUUCCUUGGACAAAUUGAUAUCGGACAUCUUCAAAACAGACGAAUCACCCACAGUAUCAUCCACUCCCAUUCCCACUCCCGUAGUGAACCCUAAGGAUUCGUCCGGUAACUCAGGAUCCGAAAGCGGAGGAUCCGAGAGCAGAGGAUCCGGAUCGGCUCAGUAUCAGUCCUGUGGCGAUCAAAAAGAGUGUGUUCCCCGGUGGUUGUGUGCGAAUGACACCAUUAACACCAGUGGCGAUGGUAUCAUAGAUAUUCGAAUUGAUACGGGCUCGCAAUGCAAAAACUACUUGGAUCUGUGCUGUGAUCUACCCAACAAGAGAAAAGACCCAAUUUUCGAGUUUAAACCUGAUCAUCCCGAAGGCUGCGGAUACCAGAAUCCCAACGGUGUUGGCUUUAAAAUCACAGGAGCAGUCAACCAGGAGGCCGAGUUCGGCGAAUUCCCCUGGAUGCUGGCUAUUCUUCGCGAAGAAGGCAACCUCAACCUGUACGAAUGUGGAGGAGCUCUGAUAGCUCCCAAUGUUGUUUUGACCGCGGCUCAUUGCGUUCACAACAAACAGCCAAGUAGCAUAGUUGUGAGAGCUGGCGAAUGGGAUACGCAAACACAGACUGAGAUCAGAAGGCACGAGGACCGAUAUGUCAAGGAAAUCAUCUACCAUGAGCAGUUCAACAAGGGAUCCCUCUUUAACGAUGUGGCUGUCAUGCUUUUGGAAGGUCCAUUUACCCUCCAGGAGAAUAUCCAGACCGUUUGCUUGCCCAGCGUGGGUGAUACAUUCGAUUACGAUCGUUGCUUUGCCACCGGCUGGGGCAAGAACAAGUUCGGCAAGGAUGGGGAAUACCAGGUUAUCCUGAAGAAGGUGGACAUGCCUGUGGUGCCUGAACAGCAGUGCCAGACGAACCUGCGCGAAACUCGCCUCGGCAGGCACUUCAUUUUGCACGACAGCUUCAUUUGCGCCGGCGGUGAAAAAGAUAAGGAUACCUGCAAGGGCGAUGGCGGCUCCCCACUGGUGUGUCCAAUCGCGGGCCAGAAGAACCGCUUCAAGUCAGCCGGCAUUGUGGCGUGGGGAAUCGGAUGCGGAGAGGAGAACAUUCCCGGAGUGUACGCCAGCGUGGCCAAACUUCGUCCUUGGAUCGACUCCAAGUUGAAGAUUUGGAGUAUUGACCCCAGGCAUUAUACACCCUAAGAGCAAACUGUGUCAAUUUAAAAUGAAUUUUUAAAAAGCGGGUUUUUAACCACAUACUGCACAAUGCUCGUAUUUAAUAUAUGCCUUAUAUGUUUAUACUUAAACUUA